ACUUCACAAAACAGGAACCGGCCGGUUUACCUUAUCAGUGGCGUUUAUCAGUUUUGAUCGUGCACUGCAGACCUUCAGUGCAGAGUGGCGUCAGGCUUGUGUCCGCUCUGGUUAGUACAGUCGAGAAGACGUUACCUCGCUGGUGUUAUUUUUGGGCCGUCGGCGGGGAGGAUAGUUACAGGGGGAAACAAUUCAGCAGACAGCAGCUGGGUGACAAACCUUAGAGGGGAGGAAACAGAGAAGAUUUGGUGUAUUUAAAAAGCUUCCUGAAGAGUCACCAUCCUGAAGAAAUAUGGAACUUUUAGUGGCGCACCCAGCUAUUAAAGCCUUCAUGUGUGGCUCCCUCAGUGGGACCUGCUCCACACUGCUGUUCCAGCCUCUCGACCUGGUCAAGACCCGUCUGCAGACUCUGCAGAGCGGCGUGCAGCCUGGUUCGGGCAGAGUGGGGAUGGUGUCGGUGCUCCUCAGCGUGGUGCGGACAGAGAGGCUGCUGGGACUGUGGAAAGGUGUUUCACCGUCCUUCGUCCGGACCAUCCCAGGAGUGGGAAUCUACUUCAGCACCUACUACUCUCUGAAGCAGCACUUUAUACAAGACAGACGCCCAGCGGCCCUGGAGGCCGUGCUGCUGGGAGGCGGAGCCCGGACGGUGGCGGGGGUUGUGAUGCUGCCAGUUACUGUCAUCAAGACACGUUUUGAAUGUGGCAGGUACAGUUACGGGAGCGUGAUGGGGGCUCUGCGCAGCGUGUGUCAAGCUGAAGGCCCUGCGGCUCUCUUCUCCGGCCUCAUGGCCACUCUCCUCAGAGACGUUCCUUUCUCCGGGAUCUACGUCAUGUUCUACAGCCAGACCAAAGCCUCACUCCCCAAAGAGAUCAGCAGAUCUCCUGCAGCUCCUGUGGCUAACUUCAGCUGUGGGGUUCUGGCUGGUGUCUUGGCCUCCCUCAUCACUCAGCCUGCUGAUGUGGUCAAAACACAUGUCCAAGUGAAUCCGCAGCUGAAGACACUGGAGGCUAUCAGAUACAUCUAUAUGGAACACGGACUCCAGGGCUUCUUCAGAGGGGCCGUUCCUCGGUCUCUGAGGAGGACCAUGAUGGCGGCCAUGGCUUGGACAGUGUAUGAACAGAUGAUGGCGCGCAUUGGACUGAAGUCCUGAAAGGGAAGAGUAACGAGGAGGUUCUAAAAGGAAGAAAAGAUAGAGAUGGAGUUGCAGUGAAUGAGCGCACAGGAGGGAACUACUGCAGUGGAGUUGUUCGUUUAGUGUGUCAGAAGCUCCCAAAGGACGCGCACACAUGCACAUUCUGAGAGAGACGUGGGAGAUCUUCUAUAUAAUAAGUGUCCUAACUAGGUUGUGUCUGAAGAUCAGCAUGUGCAAAGUCUGUAAAAAAUAAUUCAGAUGUGCUCGGAUAUUUUUCCACUGCACUAAUAAUAACACAACCUUUGUGAUCUUGCUCCAACUUACCGGGGUUUGAGAAACCCCUCCAGAGCUUUGUGUGGGUUUCUCAUGAAUUUAUUUCUUCCUGCAGGUUAAACUGGGGAGACCAAACACUUUGAGUGCUGAUUAACUGUGAAAUGUACACUAUAAGCAUGUGAAAACACUAACUAACCUGGCUGUUUUAAGGCUACAGAUAUGAUUUGGACUUUAUUCAGAAGCAAUGUCCGAAUACCUAAUUGUGUAGUUUCCUGAAACCUCUUUUUUGCCCCAUGCCAGCACCGUGUCCUUUCUCUCUGCCGUGCUCUAAAACUCUUUGAGUGGUAGGGAAAACCCUGGUGUGAGUGGGAUUUCCAAUGCCUCAGAGGUUUCCAUGCUGUGUGUCUCUUCCAGUAAGACUGCAAUGACUCAGUCCAUGAUCGCUACAGGCAGUAACCCAGAUUAAGCCCAGACUUCUGCACUUUAACCUCAGUGUUUGUUCAGAAUCUAGAGAGCCUCUUAAAGGACAAGACUGUGAGUCUC